AGAAAUAUCUUGUAUUAUGACUUUUAGUGAAACAAUAGCAGAAUAACUGAUGCAACCUGCCGUCAGUAGCGACUCCCCGCCGUUAGGGGGCAGUGUGACGUGCUCAUGUGGAGAAAGGCGAACAGCCAAGCAGCCAAUCAGCGGAGGCCAGCGAGGGGCGCAAAGAGAGGGGAAAAGGAAGCGUUAUUGCCGCCAUUUCACGUGAAUGUAGCGCGGUUGGUACGACGUCCAGGGCCAAACAAUUAAAAAAUAAACCUGACUUUGAGUGAACCACACUAGCCGGAGAUUUGUAAACUAGCAUUAACCCGUUUAGCUAACAGAAGGGCUUACGGGUUUUCGUCUUUACCGGCCUGCUCUGUUGCUCGGAGACGAAGAAAAUGAGCUACGGAAGGCCGCCGCCAGACGUGGAGGGGAUGACCUCCCUGAAAGUGGACAACCUCACGUACCGAACCUCGCCGGAGACUCUGCGCCGCGUUUUCGAGAAGUACGGCCGUGUGGGCGAUGUGUAUAUCCCCCGGGAUAGGUACACCAAGGAGAGCCGCGGGUUCGCUUUCGUGCGGUUCCUCGACAAGCGCGACGCCGAGGACGCGAUGGACGCUAUGGACGGCGCGCUGCUCGACGGGCGGGAGCUCCGGGUGCAGAUGGCCCGAUACGGACGACCUCCGGACUCCAUGUACAGCCGGAGAGGGGCUCCGCAACGCAGAUAUGGAGGGUAUGGGCGCAGAAGCAGGAGCCGCUCAGCCAGUCCACGCCGCCGCAGACGGAGCCGCAGUCGCUCCAGGAGCCGAAGCCGCUCCCGGUCCAGGAGCCACCGCCACUACAGCCGAUCCAGGUCCCGCUCCUACUCCAGAUCCAGGUCGCGGUCCAGGUCCAAGUCUAAGUCCAAGUCCAGAACCCCCAGGCGAAGCAAGUCGAAGUCUCCCUCCAGGUCACGGUCCCGCUCCAGGUCCAAGUCGAGGAGUCGAACCCCACAAUCCAACAGAGGAUCCAAAUCCAGGUCCAGGUCCAAAUCCAAGAGUAGGCCUAAAUCCCCAGAGGACAACGGAGCAGAGUGUUAACCCAAACUUGGACACAAUAUGACGCUGCGGAGUCCUGUUUGCAAAGGGAGGAGGAGAUGGGGGUGUGGCAGUGUGAGAGCAGUUAGUGUGUGACCCACCCAUGUGACCUGCCUGUUGCUGAGAGCGAUGGCAGUUGCUAAGGAGCAGGUCACCAAAGGCAGCGGUGGUUCGGGCUGUCAGUUGGUGUAUGAGGUGGUGUGGUGAGGUACGUUCACGGGGAUCACAGGCAGAUGCACUGAGCACUGUUCCCACCUGUGCCUGUGGUUUUCCUCCGCCUCUCACAAAGGGUAUGGACCCCGAGGUUUGUUUUUCACAUAUGCCCGAGUGUAAGAGUCUGUUUAGACCUAGCUUUUUGGGGAGAGGGGACCAAGAGAGGUUUGUAAACAAUUGUGAAAAUUUCUAGAAAUGUUAGGUAUAUUACAAUAAGAUGGUUGUCCAUAAAUGUUAGCGUCAGGGGAAAAGAUCAGACCAGUACUACAUUAAAUAUCCAGUGUGAGCUGCAGGAGUUGGUAGCUGUUUUUGUUUUGCUCUUGUCAACUCUGCUCUCUCUUUCCUUCCAGAUCUCAGAUGAUUGAGCCUUUGAGGACAUCAGGAAGAGUCUCACAUUGAGCAAGUGGACUCCACUAUUACCACUGAAUGCAGACUGAAAGGUUAUUGGAGCUUGGUCUAAAGUGUUUUUAAUGUUUCAUUUGACUUAAUUUGCCUAAACAAAUUCUGUAACUUUUUAUGUGGUCAUUGUUUGUAAAGCUGAGCAUACUGAAAGGGAUUUGUAAGGUUGUUUUUGUUUUGUUUUUCCUCCCUUUUUUUAAAUUGGGUUUUUUUCCAUUCUGAUUAAAUUUGUACACGUUCAUAAAUUAUUUUUGGGGAUUAAAAUAGAUUUAACAAAAUCCCGUGUUUACUCUUUCUAGAUGGAUAUGAAAGAGUUUGAUUUGAUGUAGAAAAGGGCGUCAUGUUGGGAUGUUCAGACCGUUAGAGCUAUGUUAAUACCACUCAUGGGGGGAAAAUGGCUUACUGUACAGUUACAUUAAAAAAAACAAAUUAAAGUAUCGUAGUGCCACUUAAUUUGUGACUUGCUAAUCCAGCAGUAUAGCAAUUUUCUUUUCUGUCAAAUCUCUUUUUUUCUGUCUAGUAAAAGUUGCUUUCCUAUGACUCUAACCCUCUUUCUUGUGUAUCUUUUGUGCACUAGGCGCAGUUGUGUAGCAGUUGAGUAAUGCUGGUUAGCUGUUAAGAUGCGGUGCAGUGCGGUGGUGACAUGGUGUGGCGUGUUGCGGUGCUGAGUGCCCGGCGCUGUUCCGGGGCUCGACCCUCCGCUGCCGUUUGCCGGUUUGUAAGCUCACAGGUGUGGCAGAUCAACCAUCCUCUCCUGUCUUGUGACCUCUCCUUCCCUCCAUGUGCUGUACAGAUUCUCUCCUCCUUCCUUUUUCUCUUUAUUCUCCCUCCUCUCCUUCUUACCCCCCUCUGUGGUUUAUCCACUGUUGAUAAUUGGUUUUGCUCGCUUUUUGAAAAUUGGGUCCAGUGUGACUCCUAGUGAAGGGUUUAAAGGCAGUCCAGACUGCCAAAUGAAUAAUUUCUGUGUAUUGCAUUCCUGUGAAUCUCUCAAUUGUCUUGUAAUUGCUUCAGGUGAAUGCGAAUAAACAUCUUUGUUCUAAAGAA